AUGGCAUUCAAAAUUGUAGUAUUCGCCGUCUUCGUAGCCGUUGCCCGUGCAGGAGUCAUCGGUGUAGCCGCACCCGCAUACUCCGCCGCCCCAGCCGUCUCCUACUCUAGCAUUUCCACCCCUCAUGCCGCCCCUGCUUUGUCCUACGCCGCUCCAUCCCUGUCCUAUGCCGCCCCAGCCUUCAAAGUCGCCGCCCCUGUUGCCUACGCCGCCCCCGUAGCCAAAGCCAUCAUUGCCGAGCCCUCCGCCCCAGCCAACUACGAAUUCGGAUACGCCGUCAACGACCCUCACACCGGCGACAGCAAGAGCCAGCAGGAAACCCGCCACGGAGACGUCGUCCAAGGCAGCUACUCUCUUAUCGAAGCUGACGGUUCCAAGAGGGUAGUUCACUACACCGUUGAUGCACACAGCGGUUUCAACGCUGUAGUUAGCAGGGAACCCGGUGCGGUCGCUGUCAAAGCUGUUGCCCCAGUCAUUGCCAAAGUAGCCGCCCCAGUCGCUUACGCCGCUCCGGUGGCUAAAUUCGCCGCCCCAGUCGCUUAUGGUGCUGCCCCUGUAGUGAAAUACGCCGCAGCCCCAGCAGUGUCAUACUCCAGCAUUUCUGCCCCUCUGGCCGCCGCCCCUGGAUACUACCAUCACUGA